AAAAGAUAUAAAACGAAAAUUCGAGUUUUCGCUCUCUACUUUCUUCGUAUUUCUCUCUCUCGCGUAAAUAUAAAUACUACAGAUGAAAGUUCAAGAGUUCCUUUUGUUUCCUUUCUUCUUCUGAAAAAAAAAAAAAAAAGUCAAGACUCCAUUCUUUCUUCUUCUCUCGCCUACACAUCAUACUUGGAUUUGGAUCCUCACAACUCAUCUUCCGAAGAUGACGAUCCCUAAUUCUACAGCUUCCACGGCUGAAAACGCCUCCUCUCGUCUCCCCGAGGAAGAGAAACGCAUCGUCUCGGAGCUGGCUACCAACUCGAACGAACCAGACUCCUACUUCGCCGUCUCCAAAAGGUGGUACGCAAGCUGGCGGAAGUAUGUCAAUACGCCUCUCGGAGGAGGAGCAGCUGCUCCGAGGCCUGGACCGAUCGAUAACAGUGACAUCAUCGAAACCGAUCCAUAUCUUGGUAGAAAAUCGCUGGCUAAAGAGAAAGCUUACGUUCUUGUUACUCAACUAGUUUGGAAUACUCUUCUUGAAUGGUAUAGCGGAGGUCCUCCAAUACCAAGAACCUUCAUCUACCUUUAUCUGUCAGAUUCAAGAGAUGACGAUGAUGAUAAUGAUGAUAAUGAGGUUACUGAUAUACGGUUGCCAAAAGAGGCCUCUAUAAGGGAGCUUUAUGAGAUGGUUUGUGCUAAAACGGUAGUAUCUCUAGAAAAGGCUCACAUCAGGGAUUACUACGAUAUGAAUAAAGGCGAACUCUUGGAUCCUUUAUCUAACAAGAGCCUUGAAGAGUCUGGUCUUGUCACGAACCAAGAUAUUCUUCUUGAAGUUGAUGAGCGAGGCCUAGCGGGACUGGUUAAUUUGGGAAACACAUGCUACAUGAACAGCGCUGUUCAGUGUCUGGCGCACACGCCUCCCAUACAUGAAUACUUCUUGCGAGAUCACACUCAUCAGGGCGAGCUUGCUAAGGAGUUUGGUAAGCUGUUGACGGAGUUAUGGUCUUCAGGGACUAAUGCGGUUGCGCCGCGCGUUUUCAAGAAGAAAGUGGAUAAAGCUGCUCCACAGUUUAUUGGUCACUAUCAACACGAUUCUCAUGAACUGCUUCUUGCCUUGUUAACUGGCCUGCAUCAAGAGUCUGACAUUGUUAACGUCUUCCAAGGUCAAUGCAAGUCAAGUCUGGUUUGUCCAGUUUGUGGGGAAACAGCAAACACCUAUGACUCCUUCACGUCCUUGUCUUUACCAUUGCCUUCAACACCUACUCCUUCAAUAUCUCUGAUUUCUUGUUUGGAGGGAUAUUUAGCAGAAGAGCCUCUAGGACCGGAUAACAUGUGGCUUUGUCCGCAAUGCAAAGAGAAGAGACAAGCCAACAAGAAGCUUGACCUGUGGAAGCUGCCGGAGAUUCUCGUGUUCCAAUUAAAACGGUUCAAGACUAGCAAAUAUUUUUUGAAGAAGAUAGAUACGUUUGUGGAUUUCCCAGUUGACGAGCUGGAUUUGAGCAAGUACGUGGAGAAAGGCGAGUCAUGCUUGUAUGAGCUGUAUGCAAUGUGCAACCAUGACGGUGGGAUUGGUCUUGGCCACUACACUGCCUACGCUAAGAUGAUUGAUGAUGACAACGAGUGGUAUUGUUACGACGACAGUCUUGUUUCACCCGUAGACGAAUCCGAGAUCAAAAGCAAAGCGGCCUAUCUUCUUUUCUACCGAAGAAGAGUUGGAAGUGAAUCAGCUGAGGUGUCGAUGACCGAUGAUAUGGAUUUGUCAUAAUCACGAGGUUGCUGCAUUUGAUUUAGAGAUGCAUUUGUCUAUAUAACUCACUCUCUGUUGUUAGGUAAUUCAAGCUGGUGGUUCGGUUGAAGAGUUCUUCUUGCUUCAGACGUUAUGUUGUUAUGGCACAUCUCUGUAGAAUCUGUGGGGAUUUAGGUUGGGAAAAUAUUGUUUUAGUUGGGGGAUUUUUUGGAUAGGGACUCAAUAGAUGAACAGAUUUAUAGAGGAGAGUUAUAGUUUGUACAAAGACAGUGUUGGCAUGUUGAAUACAAGAAAACGUUUCUCAUUUUAUUUGCUUUUAAGUCAUGAAAAUUGUACCACACUGAUCAUAUAUAGGAUUUUGACUUAUGGAGAAAAAAAAGGGAGUUAAAAUUAGAAAAAUACUAAUUAAAAAAAGAAAAAGACUAUAAACUCUAAACUAGUGGUUACCCAUUCUUGCUACACUGGGAUAAGUCAUGCGCUGAGUUUAUUUGUAUAUAUUAUCGACA